CAUAAUUCAUACUUAUUGACUCAAGUCGGGAAAUCAAUCAUAUAUACUGUACAUUAUAAUGUAAUCUUUCUUGAAUACGCCAUUGUAUGCUUUUCCAGAUUAAGCCGAUAAAAUCUCCGAGUAAGGUCACUUAUAAAUCUACUAUACGGGCCAGUAUAUAUGAACCAAUAGAACUAUAAUAUUCAGCUUUCAAUCUUAAGGAGUUGGAAGAUGGCGGAAAACUAUCUCGUUAACGGCUAUUUUAAAGUUCAUAUAGAGAUGUAAACGAAAGUUCGGAAGGAUAUAUGCUAUAGUUCAUUAUGAUGACCAUUGACCUAUAAAUGUAACAAACGAUGAAUAAUUCAAACAUACUCUUGAUGAUGUUUGUAAUGAUAAUGUUCAGUUCAGUUCCUGAAGGAACGGGACUUCAUUGUUUUACGUGUAAUGAUGCGGGAGCCGAAACGGGCCUGGGUUAUCAUCCUGGAUGCGCCGAUGAUUUCAACUAUACUUCGAUCAGCGGCUGUAAACACACAUGUGCCUGCAUGACCACGUGUUAUAAGAUCAAGAAUGAAGUCUAUGUAGAAGGAUCCUCCAUCGGUCACAUUUUCACUUACACACGUGGUUGUGCAUUCUCGGCCCAUCCUAAUGGUUGUAAGCGCACCGGAGGCAUUGUCCCAAGCACCUCUACAGGAACUGUAGUCACCACGUGUUACUGUGAUGAUGACGAUUAUUGCAAUGGUGCCACCUAUCGCAAAGUGUCUGUACAACUAACACUGAUUGGAUUAAUGAUGUUUUACAUAGUUCUGUCUUGAACAAACGUUCCCGGGGAUUAAACCCUGGACGAAACAUGCAGUAUUAUUCCAAUACGGUACAGUCGGAUUGAUGCCGACUUGGAACUUGGAAGAAGAUCAUCAUGUCCGUUGACCAUGGGAUGAUACUGGAUUCUGUACCCUAUAAUGUACCAGAUACAAUUGAUUUAAACAAAAAAUAUCAACAUGCAUGCUUCUUAUUGAACAUGGGAACAACAUUAUAAAAUCGACUAGUUUCCGCCAACUCUGUUAUGAUAAAAUUCGAGUUGCGUGAUAACAGAACGCUGAAGAUUAUUUUUGUAAAACUAUUGUAGAUAAACGCACAAAAUGCAAUAACGUGCAAUACGAAUAAAUGCUCCAUAUAGGGUUUUAUGUGAUAUUAUUCAUAGAUAUAUGUCAUUGGAAUAACCAAUAUUCAAAAUAUGAGAGGCUAGACUUAAACGAGCAAAUUAAAAUUAAAGGGAUCGACUUUUUGAAUAUUUUGCCAAAUCACAAUCCCGUCCGUUGUCUUUAAUUUACACAUGUUUUUGUAACCAGUUGCCU